AUGAGAAUAGAAGAGCUGCAAAGUAGUCUAGAGGCAGAAGAGUUGCGGCUGACUGAAAGAACUUCUGAGAGGGAAGUUGAACAUGCUCUGAAGGCUUCUUUUGUCAAGAAGGACCAGAAGCUGAAAAAACAUGGUAGGUCGCAGAAGUCAGAAGUCUUCUAUUUUGAUGAGGAGAAACAUCAGAAGGUAAAGGAGAAGUAUGACAAGAGAAUGGUUCAGUGUUACUGUUGUAAUAGGUUUGGCCCCUUUGCUAAAGAUUGUUGGUCAAACAAAGAAGAAGCAAAAAUAGCCAUAGGAGAUUCUGAUGAUGAACAUGUGCUAUUAAUGGCUUAUGAAUUUGAUGAAGAACCUGUGAGUUUGUCAUUUUCUGAUGCUGAAGGGGAAGAAGAUAACUCUGAAUAUUCUGAAGGAGUAUUGAGAUCAUUGACCCCUCUAUUUGAUUACAUUGUUGUUGCCAUUGAACAUUCUAAAGAUCUGGACACCAUGAGAAUAGAAGAGCUGCAAAGUAGUCUAGAGGCGCAAGAGUUGCGGCUGACUGAAAGAACUUCUGAGAGGGAAGUUAAACAUGCUCUGAAGGCUUCUUUUGUCAAGAAGGACCAGAAGCUGAAAAAACAUGGUAGGUCGCAGAAGUCAGAAGUCUUCUAUUUUGAUGAGGAGAAACAUCAGAAGGUAAAGGAGAAGUAUGACAAGAGAAUGGUUCAGUUUUACUGUUGUAAUAGGUUUGGCCACUUUGCUAAAGAUUGUUGGUCAAACAAAGAAGAAGCAAAAAUAGCCAUAGGAGAUUCUGAUGAUGAACAUGUGCUAUUAAUGGCUUAUGAAUUUGAUGAAGAACCUGUGAGUUUGUCAUUUUCUGAUGCUGAAGGGGAAGAAGAUAACUCUGAAUAUUCUGAAGGAGUCCACCAUGGGCUAGCGCAUUUUAAGCUCUCAGAUCCGGAAGUAUGGAGAUCUGGUGAAUAUGACUUUGAAGAUUCUGGAGAAGAGUCGGAAUCUGAGGUUUCUAAAGAUGAGUUAGAGUUAGAAGAUGACUCUGAAGCUGAAGACAAGUCAGAAUUCGAAGAUUUUGAUGAUGAUCAAGAAUCUGGUGGUGGUCAUACUUCUGGAAGGGAAAACACUGAAGACAUAGGUGGAACUUCUGAAGGCGGAGCUUCUGAAAGUAGUCCAACUUUUGACGGUGGUCAUGAUUCUGAAAGAAAAGAUUAUGAAGUUGGAACUUCUGAAGGCAGAGCUUCUGAAGGCGAUCCAACUUCUAAAGGUGGUUUUGAACAAGACCCAGAAGUUAACAAAGGUGGAACUUCUGGUGGUAGUCAAACUUCUGAAGAAAAUCCAUAA